UCAGGUUACCUGUCUGCUGCUCUGUAGUCGCUGGUUUCUGUCUCUCUGCUGCAGACUGAAGAUGAUUCACUACAGUUGAGUUUACUAUUAUUAUUAUCAGCUGAUUAUACAACCUGGACCCUCACCUGGACCCUCACCUGAACCCUCACCUGGACCACCGGAAGUGACUGUUUCACUAGUUUAUUUCUAACAGAGUGUUGUUUUUCCUGGUUUCCUGGAAUGAGCUCAUCCUGCAGCAGCCGGUAAAGGUCACGUGAUGUCAGGAUGCCUGGAGUCCCACCAGACCCGCCGCCCCCUUCAGAGCGCCACGGCGAUGCCGUCCCCACCACCGAGGGAAGCGGACAGGAAGUGAGGGACAUGGAGCCGUCUCCGGACCGGUUGGCGUCUCCGUCUCUUUCCACCUCGAUGUCUCCGCUGGAGGAAACGCAGGAAGAGGAUGACGGCUGGAGCCGAGAUGGAGACCUGCAGGGAUGUGGACAGCUGGAGACGAGGUGGAUCCUCUGGCACGAGUUUAUGAGAGAACAUGCCCACCUGGAUACCUGGCUGCGAUUGGCCGAGCAGGCUGUCGGCUCCCCUGACCCCGCCCACGUCGCCUACGUCACCGCCAAGGAGGAGCUGAGGAAGUUUCAGAGGCUGCGGUGCGAGGCCGGAUCUCGGCUCGUCCAGUUGGACAGUCUGACCCGGAGGAACCGAACGCUGACUCAGCUGUUUCAUGGCGCCAUGCAGACUCGGCUGCUGGCGGCGGCGAGGGAGUGCGGGCGACGAUGGGACGGCGUGAACGACAAACUGGAAUCCAUCAUUGGACGACUGAAGCUGUUUGUGUCGGAGUGGGAGGGGUUUGAGGCGGAGAGGGAGGAGCUCUCUCUCUGGUUGGCUGACCUGGACGUCCGUCUGACCGAGGUCGAUCACCUGACAGGAAACACCUGCGAGAAGCUGCGACAACUGCAGUCCUUCCAGCAGUGUGUGUGCGUGAACUCGGGCCGUGUGAACGUCCUGCUGCAGCGCGGCGAGGCCUUGAUCCAACGCAGCGAACCGACGGACGCUCAGCGAGUGGAGAGUCGUCUGCUGGAGCUGCUGCGGCGCUGCAGCCUCGUCUACAACGACAUCGCACGGACACACACCCGGCUGCUGAGCAUGAGACUGGUGUUUGAGGAUGACUGGAUUCUGUCUCAGGCUCCAGACUCUGGUUGUCCUUCAGAGUCUCUGUUAGAUGAAGAGGGAGCGUUUGAUAAACCUCACCUGAACCUCCCUGCAGCUAACCCCACCCUGGCCUCCUCCUCCUCCUCAGCUCUUCACCUCCCUCCUCCUCCUCUUCCCAACUCGUCCUCUCCUACCCAUGAGCACCUGGGGCUGGAGUGGGACCCCUCGGUGGACAUCGGGCGCUCCGUCUCCCGUGACGACGCCGACUCGUCGUAUUUCAGUGCCAGCACAGGUCUGUUUCACAGAGACGGCGUGAAGAGGCUGAGCUACCUCAGCUCCCUUGGCUCUCAGUCUGACAUCAGCAAUGACAUCAUCAACCAGGAAGCAGAUUUGCGAUUGGAGGGAUGGUUUGACCACGCCCACCCCAGUGUCUUCUCACCAGUCGCGACCCAGGGGGGCGGGACCGGGCCGAACGGAGACCAGUGGGCGACCUCGACUCCCGACGGACCGGACGGAGAGCCGGUCAGCUUUGACGGCGGGCGCGUGAGGGCGUGGCUGGGUGUCCAGAGCCCCGCCCCUCCAGAGAAGAGCACUUCCUGUUCCAAAGCGGUGCAGACUGACGGCCAGGUGGAGGUGGAGUGUUGCCUGGAUGGAAGCCACAUCGACACACCCACCCAGCUGCCUCCUCAUCCCAACAACACAACACCGUCACCGUCACCGUCACAUGACUUUAACGCCACAUCUGAUUGGAUGAAGCACCAAUAUCGAUCAAAUCUGCAGGCUGAAGAAGAGACGUCCCGUUGUGAGGAAGCUGAGCGUCUUCUCUCCGAGCAAAGCAGCAGGCCUCCUUCCUCCCCGCUCUCCCCAGCCCUCCUCUGCCUCCUCUUGGCUGCAGCUCUGGCUCUCCUGGCCGGUCUCAUCUGGCUCGUCCUGGAGCCGCCAUCCUGUCGCUGCGGCGGCAGGACGCCUCGCAGCUUCCACCUGGCGCUGAGCUACGUCAACGGACCCCCGCCUACCUGAAGACCGCCCGCACCGGACGCUCUCAAGGACAAAGCUCUCUUUCCUCGGGCUCGACACAACGGAGGUUUGCAACUCAUCACGUAACGGUCAUUUCAAUUAACCCGCCGGCCUCAGAGAUCGGACAGAAGUCUGCAGGGAAUGUGGGAUGAACAAGCAGGAUAAUAAGACCUAAACAAGCUGUUUUCUGCCCCUUUUACCCGUUAAUUUCCAUCAUCACUCCACUCCUUCUCAGAUUAAACUCAGGCAGCUGCUGUAUUGUUGUAGUGACACCAUGUUUUAGGGGUUGCAAUAUCUGAAAAGUCAAUGGAAAA